AUGGACUCUCUGGACCACAUGCUGACUGACCCCCUGGAGCUGGGACCCUGUGGGGGAGGAAAUGGCACACGCAUCAUGGAGGACUGCAUGCUGGGGACCACCAGGGUUAGCCUGCCCGAGGACCUUCUGGAGGAUCCUGAGAUCUUCUUUGAAGUUGUCAGCUUGUCUACGUGGCAAGAGGUGCUGACAGACGCUCAGCAAGACCACCUAAAAAAAUUCCUGCCUCACUUCCCUGAAAACAACCGAGAGCAUCAGAACAAACUGAUCUCUGCGUUGUUCAGUGGUGAAAACUUCCGCUUUGGAAACCCACUUCACAUCGCCCAGAAGCUCUUCCGGGAUGGACACUUCAAUCCUGAAGUGGUGAAGUACCGGCAGCUGUGUCUGAAGUCGCAGUACAAGCGCUACCUGAGCUCCCAGCAGCAGUACUUCUACCGGCUGCUCAAGCAGAUCCUCGCGUCCCGCAACCACUUGCUGGAUUUAGCUAGGAAAGGAGGCCCUGAUAUGACCCUGAGGAGGAAGCACUUCUCACCAACAUAUGACAUGGAGGAGCGAGACAGACGGACACACCGGCGCUACCUGAAGAUUCUGAGGGAGGUGAAAGAGGAGUGUGGAGAUACUACCUUGUCUUCUGAUGAAGAAGAUCUAAGCUCUUGGCCUUCAAGUUCUCCAGCACGCAGCCCAAGUCCACCAGUUCCCCUGAGAGUGAUCCCCACGUUGUCAACUAUGGACAUGAAAACAGCAGAUAAGAUAGAACUUGGGGAAAGUGAUUUGAAGAUGAUGUUGAAGAAGCACCAUGAGAAACGAAAACGUCAACCUGACCACCCUGAUCUAGUGACAACAGACGUGACCCUUGAGGACAUUAUGACUCGAGUAAAUGCGGGCAGGAAAGGUUCCUUAGCAGCAUUAUUCGACCUUGCAACCCUCAAGAAAAAAGUGAAGGAAAAGGAAGACAAGAAGAAAAAGAAGCUGAAGAUUAAAUCGGAGGUGGACGAUUUGGCUGACUCCCUUAGCAAUGCAGAUGGAAUCCCACCCAUGUCCCAGGGUCCUUCCCCCAUCCCUCUGUCAUCUGUCAAAGAGGAACCUCUUGAUGAGAUGAAGCCAUGCCUUGGAAUAAAUGAAAUAUCUUCCAGCUUCUUUUCCCUUCUUUUGGAGAUACUCUUUCUGGAAGGACCUGCUACUCUUUCUGUGCUUGAAGACAAAGUUCUAGAUUGGCAAUCUUCUCCUGCCAGUGCACUAAAUAACUGGUUCUCCUUUGCCCCCAACUGGUCUGAACUGGUUUUACCAGCUUUGCAGUACUUGACAGGUGACAGCACAGAUGCUCCUUCCAGCUUCUCACCUUUUGUUGAAUUUAAGGAAAAAACUCAGCAGUGGAAAUUGCUUGGUUCUUGCCAAGAUCAUGAAAAGGAGCUGGCAGCGUUGUUUCAACUCUGGUUAGAGACCAAAGACCAGAUGUUUUUCAAAGAAAAUGAAGACAGCUCAGAUGCCACACCAGUUCCCAGAGUAAGGACUGACUAUGUAGUCCGACCUAGCACUGGAGAGGAGAAACGUGUGUUUCAGGAGCAGGAGCGUUACCGUUACAGCCAGCCCCACAAAGCUUUCACUUUCCGUAUGCACGGCUUUGAGUCGGUGGUUGGGCCAGUGAAGGGUGUGUUUGACAAGGAGACCUCCUUAAACAAGGCCCGAGAGCACUCCCUCCUGCGCUCAGACCGACCAGCCUACGUCACCAUCUUGUCCCUCGUUCGUGACGCUGCUGCUCGCCUUCCUAAUGGAGAAGGAACUCGUGCUGAAAUCUGUGAGCUGCUUAAAGAUUCCCAGUUCCUAGCUCCUGAUGUCACAAGUGCUCAGGUUAAUGCUGUUGUGAGUGGUGCUUUGGAUCGACUGCAUUAUGAGAAAGAUCCCUGUGUGAAAUACGACAUUGGACGCAAGUUGUGGAUCUACCUGCACCGGAACAGGAGUGAGGAGGAGUUUGAACGGAUACACCAGGCUCAGGCUGCUGCAGCAAAAGCCAAGAAGGCUCUUCAGCAGAAGCCAAAACCUCAGGCUAAAAUGAAGUCUAGUAGCAAGGAGAGUUCUGGGAAAACCCUCCCCAGCAGCACAUCAGAGCCCAGUCAGCCGAGCCUCAGUGACUCCAGCAUGCCACCAACUCCCGUGACUCCUGUGACACCAACUGCACCAGCAUUACCAGCAACGCCUAUUUCACCCCCACCCGUGUCUGUGGUUAGCAAGAGUGUAUCUAGUGCUGGGUCAGAGCCAGCAAAACCCAGCCAAAGUGUGCUGCUGGUGUCGUCCCCCAGCAUGCCGCAGCUGGGGACGCUGCUCUCCACAGCCCCGAGCUCGCAGGCGCCGCCGGGGCCGCAGCCGCCCCCCGCCAGGGUGGUGGGUCACACCACGUCCUCGGGGCUGCCCCAGGUCCGGGUGGUCACUGCCCCCUCCAGCCUCCCAGCUGUGUCUCAGCCAGCCCCGGUGGUCACCCAGCAGCAGCAGCCGACGUCGGUGCCUCAGAUCCGCGUUCCGGCUACGGCCGCCCAAACCAAAGUGCUGCCUCAGGCUGUGAUGACUCUGCCAGUAAAAGCUCAAAGCAGCCCAGUGCAGGUGCAGAGACCAGGAAGCUCUGUGACAGGACAGACAGGCAUCACUGUGACAGGAUUGUCUGCAGCACCCAGUCCUGCUGUAAAGCCAGUGACCAGCUCUCCGGGCAGUUCUGCUACAAGCACCUCCUCUACCACUGUCAUCCAGAAUGUAGCUGGCCAGAACAUCAUCAAGCAGGUGGCUAUUACAGGACAGCUUGGCAUGAAGACCCAGCCUGGAAGUGGCAUCCCGCUCACCGCCACCAAUUUUCGGAUCCAGGGGAAGGACGUGUUGCGCCUGCCCCCCUCCUCCAUCACCACAGACGCAAAGGGACAGACCGUGCUGCGCAUCACCCCGGACAUGAUGGCCACCCUGGCCAAAUCCCAAGUCACUACUGUCAAACUGACCCAGGACCUCUUCACGGCAGCUGCGGGGAGCAGCGCUAGUGGGAAAGGCAUCUCUGCGACCUUGCACGUGACCUCCAACCCUGUCCAGGCUGCUGAUUCUCCAGCCAAGACCAGCACGGCCACUUCUGCUUCUUCCAGCCCAGCUGGGAGCACAGUGGUUAAAGUGACUCCAGACUUAAAGACUGCAGAGCCGACGGGCUCCGCUUUCCGACUGAUGCCUGCCCUGGGCAUGACUGUAGCAGAUCAGAAGAGCAAAGCCAUAACUACGGUGGCAUCCACUGAGGCCAAACCUGCUGCUACAAUAAGAAUCGUGCAGGGGCUGGGGGUGAUGCCUCCAAAAGCCGGGCAGACGAUUACGGUAGCGACUCACGCCAAGCAGGUGCCCUCCUCCUCAGCAGUGAGCGUGCCUGGCACAGCCCACACCUCAGCUGUCUCUUUGCCCACCAUGAGCGCCGCGGUGUCCAAAGCUGUUGCCGUGGCCUCGGGAGCUGCUGGGACCCCCAUCACCAUAGGCACAGGAGCCACUGCUGUGCGGCAGGUACCUGUCAGCACCACUGUGGUAUCUACAUCCCAGGCAGGUAAACUCCCAGCACGAAUAACAGUGCCUCUGUCGGUGAUCAGCCAGCCAGUGAAGGGCAAGAGUGUUGUGACUGCCCCCAUCAUCAAGGGCAACCUCGGGGCCAACAUCAGUGGAUUAGGGAGGAAUAUCAUCCUGACUACGAUGCCAGCAGGGACAAAACUGAUUGCUGGGAACAAGCCAGUGAGUUUCCUGACAGCACAGCAACUCCAGCAGCUGCAGCAGCAAGGCCAGGCCACACAGGUGCGAAUUCAAACAGUACCAGCCUCCCAUCUCCAGCAGGGAACAGUGUCUGGCUCUACUAAAGCAGUUUCCACUGUGGUUGUGACAACAGCUCCAUCUCCAAAGCAGACCCAAGAUCAGCUGUGAACACUGGUUUGAAAAUGGAUCAUUUUCCAAGAACUUCCCAGAGUCCGUGGUCAUCCUGCAUCCAACCACCUGAGACCACAGUCAUGGCUAGGGAUUGGACUGGAUUCUGUCCCAUUGCUUGUCUGGAGUCAGUGUUGUGAUGUCUAGAUAGAAAUUCCAC